AUGCCCGUCGCUCCGGAGUCGCCUAGGCGUCCCACGAGCGCCCACGCCGCACACCUUCAGUACCCGACCCUGCCGCCUCUGUCCGCCUCUGUAGAAGAGUGGCUAUCUCGCUCGCGCCCCGCCAACAACAUGACGUCAAGUAAUCUGGAUGAAAUGGGCCCCGGAUCUCUAAGUGAGAGCUGGGCCACCCUCAGUGUGUCCGAUAUUCACUCAGAGGACGGAAAUCGAUCUGAACAAACCGACGUCGGCUCCCUAAUCGAUCAAGCUACCCCGGAUGAUGUGGCCAGCCUCGACGAGCGAUAUAGUGGCAGCGAGAUCGGAGCCCCUGAGGAUUUCCACCAGCGAGAGGAAGACGACGACAACAAUGACCAUGCCGAUGACCAGGAAAUCGGCGGCUCGCGACUCUUUCCCCAACCCCUCUUCCACCCCGGUGCCGCCAUUGACGAUAGCAACCUGACUGCCCAACAGACGCCCCGACAGUCGAUAGACUCUAUUGAGUUCGCAGAACCUGAAACUUGGGCUGAUGAAGAACGAGUAGAGCUCAAGCAUACAAUCAGCAUCUUGAAUGAGGAUGUGACCUCCGUGAUCAGCAAGCCAUCGACUCCUGGUUCGGUAAUAAUCGUUACAGUCCAACAGACCAUGACAAAGCAGACCUUGGAUCUCGAUAAGCCCUUCCGCGUCCUAUACUUUGGCAAUCCAGAGUUCCGUGAUAUCAUUCUGGACAAAAUCGGCGAUGUCUUGGUAUCAAGCCCUUCGGCGGGAUCCCUGACAAGCUCCGCUGAGUCCUCACGGUAUCAUGUAGUGCCCACUUCAUUCGGAACAGGAGCUGUGCCGAACCACGCGGAGCUACUCCCGAUAAAUGUCCAGCUUGUAGUGGAUGAGUGCGUGGAGGCUGCAGGAGACCUGCACCCAGACCAACCUACCACAGUCGACCUGACUUUCAAGAAUCGACCGUCAUGCCGCUCAUGGUGGGAUAAGGACCACUACCGCGUAUCUUCCACUUCCGAGUGGACCCUGCCAAACCUUGCGAUUCUUUUCAUUUCUAAGCGUGAUGAUCCAGCUGCCAUUCACGGGAGACGUCUUGCCCAUGCCUUCUUGGAACGACACCGAAUUCCCUCCAUGAUCAUUUCGGAUGAGCAGCUUUGGACUCAAGAAGAUUACUCCGUUCCGCUGAACCCUAACAGCCUCCACAUGUGUCUGGAGUCUCGAAAUGCGCAGACGGGCGAAAGUACAAUAUUGAAGCGAUACCCUAUCGAUGUCAAGACAUUCGAAAGCAUCACCCCUGGCCAGUUGAACCGCAAUCUAGCUUCACUUAUCGAUCUUCACCAGGGAAAAGCAUCUGUUCGCUCCGAUCGAAAAUAUUCUGCACACAACUAUCCUUCGUGGAUGUCGAAUGGGUACCGUUCGUGGUACGAUGGCUCAUGGUUCGAUAUCGAGAAGUAUCCCGGCAGUUGGCUUCAACCCAUUUAUGCACGUGGAAGUCCUGAACUGGGUCCAACGUUACGGCUGCUGACCCUCACUCUCGUGUCAGCUAUUGCCAUUUCGCUGGGGUAUGCUGUUUUCAAGACAUUUCUCGUUUUCCUUACGCAGUGGGUGGCAGGCUCAACUUUGUCUCAUUCCAUUCUCCCAAGCUCGACACCAGCCGUCCCAACGGCGACUCUUGUGCUAGAGGGUCUGAACAAGGAUUCACUGUCCGUCAGACCACCGGGCCACGUUGGCUUAGUCAAAGAAGAGCCUUCAAGCCUUUCUCUUGUAGAUCAAGUGGCAGAACUCACUAUCACCUCCUUCGGCUCCACGGUGGACCCAGACGCUUUCGAAAUCCAUGGCGUGGGAGACUGCCAUAUUUUGAUCAAGUCCCCCCGUAACUUUGCAACCGCGAAGAGACACCGACCAUUUGAUGUGGACGUUCACAGGCUCUUUGAGGGUGUCUACACAGUGAGGCUUGACCGAGAGGAUGCGCAUGGUCUUGUCAAUGUGACCGUGACCGGGAGAUCCAAGCCCUCGGUGCAACAGAGCGAAAUCAUCGACUUUGGAACACCAUGGCUCAAGAUCUCGAAUUGGCGGAAGAAAGCCCAGUCGAUAUCUUCGCAGGUUACAAAGGACCUACACGUCGCUCAAAAUGGGCUGUCCGACGUGUACGGUCGACUCUCCACCGACGUCCAAGUGAUUCUAGGAGAUGUGGUCAAGCGAGCACACUAUAUCAAAGAGGACGCUGAACGCCUGCACCAAGAGACCUCGCAGACCCGAAAGGCUAUCCUUCAUCGUUCUAAGCAACGCUCAGAUGCCAUUGUCACCAACACCCUCCAACACUUCCAAAGUAUGUAUUCCAUACUACGCCAAGGUUCAAUCCAAAUCAACCGUGAGGUUUUUGAGCGGGUCAGCAAUGCAUGGACUGGACUGGAGAACCCAGCCCCCAAGGCCGAUCUUGCAUCUGCGGUGGAUCGUGUGCGCAAUGCAACUAAGAUCAUGCUGGGCCGGUGCCAAAUGCGUGCUCGCUAUCUCCUGGGACGUCCGACAGCUCGGAAUGACGCGAACCUUGAAUGCCCCGGACAGAAGGCUACAUGCUAA